AUGGCGGGCAUCGAGGGGAAGGUCUCUCCUCCAAAGGAACGCGCGGGGGGUCUGCUUUUCCUGUGCGGUAUGCUUCGCUUAGUGCUGUUCGCAAUCGCGUGGGCGUGCGUGUUCGCGUUCGUCUUCUGGACUGUGGUUUUUAACCUGCCCAAGUGGUCAUGGGCUUACCAGGAGGGCGACUUGUGGCAGGACAUGCGGACUGCCCUCAACCUCAAGAACCAUAUGAUGGAAUCAGGGCACUUUGUUGUGGCUGGCUACGACGCCCAGAUGGUGAUUCUCGGCGUGCUGCCCCCCUUUGUUGCCGCGGUCUGCGUUUCUCUCGCCCGGCUGCUCCCGAAGAAAGAGAAGACGCGGGCAGACUACAAAAUCAUGGUCCUUGGACAAGCCGCCCAUGAGGGAGUCGAGUGGGUCCGGCGCAGUUUUGUCUGGCAGAUCCCCCCCCGCCGCUUUUGGCUCUGGUGGUCAUCUGGCAUGUCAUUGGGCGAAUUCCUAUUGGUGUUUGGCUGGAUUGCGCUCCACUUCAUCUGCUUAUGGAGCCACAAGAUCAACAGCUGGGGUCAAUUCGACGCUUGGGACGAACUAGGUCUGUACUACAACGUACCCAAAAGCGUGUACGCCCUCGAUAAGAUCGCCAUUGCCUGGGGCUGGAUUCUGUACCUGGAUUUCACGCUCCUGUUCUUCCCGAUCUCCCACAGCUCGUUUCUGAACUACAUGUUGGGCAUCCCGUUCCCGCACCUCGUCCGCUACCACAGAUGGCUGGGCCAUAUGGCUAUGUGGUCUUUGACUGCGCACGCUCUGUUCUACUAUCUCUAUUGGACAGCCAAUCCCGAAAUCAACUUCGUGCACGAGUUCUUCGACUGGGGCCAGCGCUACUUCAUCAAUCUCUUGGCCGGCUCCAUCUCCUGGAUUUUCGGCCUCGCGCUCUGGAUCACUUCCCUCGACUGGAUCCGUCGCAAGUACUUUGAGCUCUUUUACAAAACACAUAUCGUCGGAUUCGUGGGCUUAGUGGUUUUCGCCCAGAUGCACUACUACUGGAUGUGGACCUGCUGGCUCCCAGGUCUGCUCCUCUACGCGGCCGACCUGGCGGUCCGGCUUUGCCAGAUCCAGAACACGUCGACAGCGAUCGCCAAGGGCGUCUGUGAGGAGGACUCAGUCGUCAUGAUCAAGCUGUCGGUUGACAAGAACAUAAAGCUGGCCCCACUCCAAGACAUCUUUGUGGCCUUCCCCGACAUCAGUCGCUGGCAGUACCACCCGUUCAGCAUCGCGAAGGCCGAAACCUCGUCCGCUUGUCCGAUGGAGGGCAGCAGUAAGGAGAUACUGCUGAGCAUGAAGCGUUACGGAAAGUGGACGUCGGAAGUCAUUGACCGCUUAAAGAACGGAGAGGUACUCGCGGUGCGGCUCAGCGGCCCGUUCGGAGGCGAGACCUCCUUCCAGUGGCGCAAAUACGACGUCGUCCACCUCUACGCUGGCGGAAUCGGGGUCGUCCCGCUCAUCUCCCUCCUGCAAGACAUGCUGUCCGCGCGCGCGGCUGGUUCGCCGGAUGACGUACCUGAGCGGGUGGUCCUGUACUGGUCGGCCCGCCACAAGGCGGAGUUCCACCUCCUAACCAAGGACAUGGCUGCUGCAAUACAGGAGGGUUGGCUCACCAUCCGUCUGUUCUACACCGGCAACGAGUCGAAGGAACAGACGGCCAAGCCAAGCUUCAAAAGCUCCAAGGUCGACUUCGACAUGGGUUCUGUCUUAAACGAGAGGAACGGUGUCGAUGUCGGAAACUUCAAUAGCGCCCCGGCUGAAGGCCCGCGCGCUGACGUCAAGCUUCCGGGAGCAUCCAGCUUCUUUUGGGAUUACGCCAGGCCGAUCCAGCCCAAGUCCUUCAACGAGCUCGAGGCGCUCCUCGUCAUCCUGACGACGUGGGUCGGCGGCUGGUGUGGACUCGUCCUCUGCCAGAGCUUCUUUGCGGAGUAUGUGGAGACCUUCUACACGGAGUCGAAGUACUGGAAGGCGGGUCUAUUUUACACAGUUCUGCUCUCCGUCAUGUCAAUCGGGCUGCCAGUGGCUGUGGUCCUUUUCCCCAGGCACCUCUACAGGUAUUUGCGCUACAGAAGGGAAGACGUCAUCCAAGCGUCACAGCUGGCGUCCGCUGAGGACGUGUACGAGAGCCCCGACCACCCGUCCGUCUCUGCCACGAGCGUCAGCUUCAAUGAGCUGGGCCUGGAGGUCAACGUCGAGCAGGGGCGCCCCGACCUCAAGAGUGCCCUCGAGAGCAUCGUCACAAAUGAGAACGCUUCGAUGAGAGUCGCCGUUUGCUGCGCCGGCCCCGAAGUAAUGAUGAACAACUGCUCGAACCUGGUGUCUCAACUCAACGGCAAUGAUAAGGGAGUGUAUCUUCAGUAUCAUCGCCUUGCCUACCAGCUCCUUGAGGACAAUGAGGCCCUGAGAUCAGAAGGUGGCCGCUACGCAUGGUGUAAGAAAGCUGCUCUUGGUAGAGCUUUAGGAAGGCUGUUUUGA